GUGGAAGAAUUCAUGUGGUGUUCAGAAAAUUUCCGCAAAUUUGAGGCAGUAAUAUAGAAAAUAAAAACCUUAUAUUUGCUGUGUAUUGUACAGAUAAAACUGUGCGGCAAAUAGUUCUCUAUAUAAAACAUUUGUUUAACUCAAUUGGUGCUGUGUUUUGUGCAUAACUUUUGAAAUUAAAGUUAGCUUGGGAGUGGAGAUUUUUUUUCAACUGCAGUGAAAAAAUUAGAGAUAUCAAAAAUGAGUGAAUUUGCUGGAUCACAAUCCAAUUUAAACCAAUCACAAGCGUUUGCUGCUGCUUUACAACGAGCUAAGCAGAUUGCCGCAAAAAUACAACCAAAUACCGCCCAGGGUAGCGGAAGUGUACCUAGCGCUGGGCCCCCCGCUGGUCCACCAGCUAAUGUUGGAUUUAAGCGUUCUCAUGAAGACGGCGAUUCGGGUCCCGAAAUGAAACGCUUCACUAGUCCUACCAAUGACUACAAUAAUUCCAACGGCAGUAGCGUUGGUGGUGGUGGCGGAAGUAAUCCUGGCUCAACCAAUAUUUCGCAAGCAUUAGCACAAGCUACAGCAGUUGCGCAGCGUCUCGCGGCUACAGCUGGCACUACAGUAGAAGAGCAAAUACGUAUUCCAGAGUCGCUUGUAAACUCGGUGCUGGGACGUGGCAGUACAGAAACUAUAACUCAAAUUCAGGGUGAAUCUGGCUGCAAAGUACAACUAUCGCAAGAUCAAGAUCGAGUCGUAACACUACGUGGCUCACGUGAAACGGUAACGAAAGGACGUGAGCUUUUCCAGCAAUUGUCUAAUCGAAAUGGAGGGGGCAAUAUUGAAGUGGUUUUGACAAUUAAUAUGCCGCCGCCUGGCCCGACCGGUUUUCCUCCAUACCAAGAAAUUAUGAUACCUGGCACAAAAGUAGGCUUGGUAAUUGGCAAAGGCGGUGAUACUAUUAAACAGUUGCAAGAGAAGACCGGCGCUAAAAUGGUUAUCAUACAGGAUGGACCAAAUCAGGAAAUAAUUAAACCACUGCGCAUCUCAGGAGAUCCACAAAAGAUUGAACAUGCCAAGCAAGCAGUAUUAGAUUUAAUAGCGCAGAAAGAUUUGCAGGCAGCAGCACUCGCUGCACGCAAUAACGGUGGUAGUGUGCAAGGCAGUGGUGGUGGUAGUGGUGGCUAUAAUUUCGGCAACACAGGAGAACAGUGCGAAGUAUUUGUACCAAAAAUAGCCGUAGGUGUGGUAAUUGGGAAAGGCGGCGAUAUGAUUCGCAAAAUACAAACUGAAUGCGGCUGCAAGCUGCAAUUCAUACAAGGCAAGAAUGAUGAACCAGGCGAUAGAAGAUGCCUCAUACAAGGUACACGGCAGCAGGUUGAUGACGCUAAGCGUAUGAUUGACGGUCUUAUUGAGAAUAUGAUGCAACGACAACAACGCAACGCCAAUAGUAAUAACAAUAGUAAUGGCAAUAUGGAGGGCAACAAUUCCAAUUAUGGUUACGGCUAUGGCGUAAAUCACGCGCAACAGCCACCACGUGAAGAAAUCACAUUUAUGGUUCCUUCAUCGAAAUGCGGCAUCGUAAUCGGUCGUGGUGGUGAAACAAUAAAGCUAAUAAAUCAACAAUCCGGCGCUUAUUGUGAAAUGGAUCGCAACGCGGUCAAUCCACCAUCUGAAAAGUUAUUCAAAUGUAAGGGUACUUCGGAACAAGUAGAAGCAGCUCGCCAAAUGAUAGCCGAAAAGAUCAAUAUGGAGUUGCCAAUUAUAUCACGUAAGCCUAUUAGCGGCAAUAUUCCAGGCCAGCAUAACAACCAAGGUGGUUAUGGCCAAAAUCCAAUGCAAAAUGAUCCAAAUGCCGCUGCAGCUGCUUAUCAACAACAAUGGGGCGGUUAUGCUCAAGGUUGGGGCGAUCAAAGUCAGCAGCAACAAAUGAUGAUGGGUGGUGCCGCUAUGGGUCAAAAUGCACCGGCAGCUGGUGGUGGACAACAAGCAGAUUACUCAGCUCAGUGGAUCGAAUAUUACAAAUCAAUGGGCAUGAUGCGCGAAGCCGAAAUGAUAGAACAGCAAUUGAAAGCGAAACAGGGCGGUGGAAAUCCGGGUCAACCAAUGGGUGGUGCAGGUGGCAUGCCACAACAGCAACAGGCGCAACCACAACCGCAACAACAACCACAGCAGCAGCAGCCUCAACAACAACAAGCACAGCAAGGUGGCGGAACCGCAGAUUAUAGCGCCCAAUGGGCUGAAUACUACCGCAGUAUAGGGAAGAUUGCCGAAGCCGAAGCUAUUGAGAAGCAAAUGAAGCAGGGCCAGAAUGGACAGGCAAAUGCUGUUGGAGCUGCGAGUGCCAGUAACAACGCAGCAGCGGCCAACAAUAGCAGUAGCGGCAACAAUAGUGGUGCCGGGACUACUAAUAACCCCGCCGAUGGCGGCAACAAUGCGGCGUUACAAGGUAUGACACCUAGUCAAUAUGCACAGUAUUCGCAAUAUUAUGCUGCAGCUGCUGCCCAAGCAAGCCAGGCGGCAGGAGGCGCUGCACCCGGCUAUCCACAACAAGCGGCAUAUGGGGGCUAUGGCGCACCUGGAGGUGGAUAUCCAGGCGCGCCACAACCCAACAUGACGCCUGGUAACAUGGGUGGUGGCCCAAAUGCCGCCAAUCAAAACAAACAAAACAAAGGCGACAAGAAUUAAAGUUUUUUUAGUAUAAAUAUCGUAUAUGAGUGAAGACGAGUAGCAGAACAAGCGACCGUGUGUAGGUGUAGCAGAAGUACCGAUGUACAAUACGUUGGAAACGAAGCAGAUACAUUGGAGGUCACAAAUGUCUCAAUUACUUCUACUACUACUACUACUCCUUAUCACUCACAGUAUCUGUGAGAAUGUGUUGGCGUGUGCGAGAUGGGUUACAUUUAAUAUUUAAACAUAAAUUUCUAGUUUGUAAGCAUUAUUCAUAGGAGCAUCAGCACUAAAACGAAAGUAAAUGCUGCAAUAACGCGGUUAUAGAUCUUUAGCAAAUGAGAAAAAUAUGAGAUUUGAGUGCAUAAUUCAUAAUGAAAUACGACAAAUAAAAAACAAAAAACUUACAAGAGCCAAAUGCAAUUGGACGUAAUUAAAGUGGCGAACAAGUUAAAACUUUUAGCGCACCAACAACAGUAAUCAUUUCUGCGUUAUUACUUGUUAAAUUGUUGUUUUAGAUUAUGCAAAAUUACAAAACAAACGAACAACGCAUAACCAACUAAAAGUUUUUGAGUGUUUUCUUAAAUAUAUCCAAUUAUGAUGAAAGAAGAAGUGUUUAAUUAAAAUUGAAAAAAAAAAAUUAAAAGUUUGAUAAGCAUAGUUUUAGCUAAAUAAAAAUAUGGAAAAUAACGUUUUAGUGAACUAUGAACGCUCAUAAUUUUUUCCACAAAUCACGUAUGAAAACUAAAACAAAUUAAACUUGUAUAAUGUAACCAGGUUAUACAGUAGAAAAAGUAAUUAUAAUACGUGGCUGAGAAACCAACCCGAAUUAACGUUUUAACUUUUUAUAUUACCUGCAAAACCAAACAUAAAAACAAGAAAAAUAUAAUCUAUUUGAAUAUAAACUAAAAAAAGCGAUUUCCAAUGUUCUUCCAACUGCUCCACCAUAACAACAGCAACGAGAAGUAACAAAAUCUGCAUUCCACUCGUAAUGUAAGUGGCACAGGGAAGCAAAAACUGGGUUGCCUAAAUACGUAAUGCCACACAACUACAACAACCAAAUUGCUGUACGCACCACGCGCCACGCAAACAUCGAACUUGGCUUCCAACAGACGUUUGUUUCAUGCCAUACUUCAUGUCAUUCAGUUCAUACCGGCGUAGCAGUUCAGAAACACACAGAAAGUAAAAAAAAUGAAAUUAGCUGCGUGUGGUAAGCUUGGACUUAUUGCAAUAAUGAUUGAUUGUUUGAUUAUAAAAUUUACUUAUACUUACAUACUGUCUAAUACAUACAAACAUAUAUUUUAUAAAAUUUCUCCGCGUGAAGAUGUGUGUUUAUUAUAUUCUUAAAACAAUAUGAAAUGUUUUCUAAUAAUUUUAUUAUUCAUUGCCUAAAUGCGUCAUUACCAUUUUGCGAAUGAAAUAUGUCUGUUAAUUUUCAUAAAUAUUGAAACAUGCAAAUUACCAUAUAUGUACAAUAUAUUAUAAGAAAUUCAAUAUUUAAUGUCAACAUAAAGCCUAUAUACAUACAUAUAUAACACAUAUAUGUACAUAUGUAUACGUAUAUAUUAAAACCUUUGAAUAUUUCAACUAAUUUACGGUGAACAUUAUAUUGUAGCGGGUUAUUUAAGUGCAACAAGCAAAAAUGAGGAAAAUUGAUAAGGCAAAAGAAAAAUGCGCGCACCAGCAACACAUUUGUUGGCAAGUUUACAUGCUAAUUUUGGUCAAGUAGAAGACUCUCAGCUCCAGAGAAAAAAACUA